AUGUCCGCCCCCGUCAACAACCAGGCUACCGGCUACGCCGUCAAGGACCCUAAGAAGUACCUCGACUUCGAGGUCACCAAGUACGAGCUCGAGCCGCUCGAGGAUGACCGCGUGACCGUCGCCGUCGAGUGCUGCGGUGUUUGCGGCUCUGACCACCACACCAUCUCGGGCGGCUGGGGCCCUUGGGAGACCAAGUUUGUCGUCACCGGCCACGAGGUUGUCGGCAAAGUCGUUGAGGUCGGCAAGAACGUCAAGCAGUUCAAGGUCGGACAGCGUGUCGGUGUCGGCGCCCAGGUCGGCUCCUGCGGCAAGUGCAAGUGGUGCACCCACGACAACGAGAACUACUGCCCUGAACCCGUCCACGGCUACAACACCAAGUGGCCCGAUGGACACGACCACCAGGGUGGUUACUCGACCCACAUCCGCGCCCAGGAGCUCUUCGUCUUCCCCAUCCCCGAGGGGAUCCCCUCUGUUGAGGCUGCUUCCAUGCUCUGCGGUGGUCUGACCUCCUUCUCUCCCCUUGUCCGCCACGGCGUCGGCCCCGGCUCCAAGGUCGGUGUUGUCGGUCUCGGCGGUCUCGGCCACUACGCCGUUCUCUUCGCCGUCGCCCUCGGCGCCGAGGUCACCGUCUUCUCGCGCACCGACGCGAAGAAGGAGGAUGCCCUCAAGAUGGGCGCUAAGCGCUUUGUCGCCACCGGCGAGCCCGGCUUCGAGAAGGACCUGCAGCGCGAGUUCGACGUCAUUGUCUGCACUGCCUCGAGCAGCAAGCUGCCCAUUGACGCUCUCCUCACCACCCUCGACGUCAACAAGUCGUUCGUCUUCGUCGGCAUGCCCGAGGAGGGCAUCAAGAACAUCACCUCGCAGGCCAUGGCCGGCAACGGAUGCUCGCUUGGCUCGUCCCACAUCGGUUGCCGCACCGAGGCCCUCCAGAUGCUCGACCUUGCCGCCAAGAAGCAGGUCAAGCCCUGGAUCAACGUCAUCCCGAUGAAGCAGGCCGCCGACGCCAUCAAGGCCGUCGAGGACGGAACCGUCCGCUACAGGACUAUCCUUACUCAGGACCUUGUCUAA